CGCGCAUGUCUUCAGAGGCGGGCUGCAGAGCGCGGCUGUAAGAGACGAACCCGCGUGACGAUUCCGUCUUCAAGGCUCGAGCUGCAAGGAGCGACACGGUGACGGUGCAGAGAAGGGUGCACGAGAACUGGGAUACGAGAUGGCAAAUGAAGCAAAUCCUUGCCCUUGCGACAUUGGAGACAGAAUCGAGUAUGGUGGACUAGGAAAGGAAAUACAGAUUGAACAUGUCCAAGCUUAUAUUACAAAACCUUCCGCUGACACAGAAAAAGCUGUAAUUGUAAUACAGGAUAUUUUUGGAUUUCAACUUCCUAAUACUAGAUACAUGGUUGAUAUUCUUGCUGUAAAUGGAUACACGGCCAUCUGUCCAGAUUUUUACCUUGGAAAGGAACCAUGGAAACCUACUAAUGACUGGUCACAGUUUGAAAAGUGGCGAGCAGACAAGGAUCCUACAAAAAUUAACAAAGAAGUGGAUGUGGUGCUGAAGUUUUUAAAAGACCACUGUAAUGCUAAGAGGAUUGCUGUUAUUGGAUUUUGUUGGGGUGGAGUUGCUACUCAUCAUCUGAUUCUACAGUAUCCUGAACUAAAAGCUGGGGUCUCACAUUAUGGGAUAGUGCGGGAAGGAGAAGGAAGAUAUGAUCUGAAAAGCCCGACAUUGUUUAUUUUUGCAGAAGAUGAUCAUUUCAUUCCACUUGACCAGGUUGCAUCCCUAGAAGAGAACCUAAAACAAAAAUGUCCUGUUGAUUUUAUAGUCAAAGUUUAUCCGGGUCAGACACAUGGAUUUGCCCAUCGGAAGAGAGAAGAUAUCAAUCCUCAGGAUAAACCUUUCAUUGAAGAGGCAAGGACUGAUAUGAUAAACUGGCUCAACAAAUAUGUCUGAAAAUGCAGCUGAAUCGCAAUGUGAAAUAAAAUGAAAUGACAACACCUUCUCCUCCUCUUCAAAUUAUGCAUCACAAUCUACCUUGGUAUAUGGAGUUAAGCAAUAUUCUUAAAAUGAUGAUAAGAUUUGUAGACAACCAAUUUGAAUUUUAGUAAAGCAACAAAUUAUUCAUAGUAACAUUUAAUAUAAGUUGGAAAUGAUAUGUAAUUUAUAGAGUAUAUUUGGAGUAUAUAGAGCAGGGUGAGCAAUGUCGGUCCUGGAGAGCCGCAGUGGCUGCAGGUUUUUGUUCCAACUCAGUUUCUUAAUGAGAAGUUAAUUAUUGCUGAUGAAUCACUUAUUGCUUAAGUGACAUUUUGAUGCUUCAUUUUAGUGGUCUCGCUUGUUAAGUUUCCCCACCCUUAAUUGCUUAUUUCAAUCUUCAAACAGCUGCAUUCAUUGUUUUAAUGGCUCCUUAUUAGCAAUAAAAUGUAAAUGACAACGCA